GGAGGCGGGGGAUGCAGGAGAGCCUGGCCUCCCCAGCUUGCCAGGCACAAGGCUGAGCGGGAGGAAGCGAGAGGCAUCCAAGCAGGCAGUGUUUUGCCUUCACCCCAAGUGACCAUGAGAGGUGCCACGCGAGUCUCAAUCAUGCUCCUCCUAGUAACUGUGUCUGACUGUGCUGUGAUCACAGGGGCCUGUGAGCGGGAUGUCCAGUGUGGGGCAGGCACCUGCUGUGCCAUCAGCCUGUGGCUUCGAGGGCUGCGGAUGUGCACCCCGCUGGGGCGGGAAGGCGAGGAGUGCCACCCUGGCAGCCACAAGGUCCCCUUCUUUAGGAAACGCAAGCACCACACCUGUCCUUGCUUGCCCAACCUGCUGUGCUCCAGGUUCCCGGACGGCAGGUACCGCUGCUCCAUGGACUUGAAGAACAUCAAUUUUUAGGCACUUGCCCGGUCUCAGGAUACCCACCAUCCUUUUCCUGAGCACAGCCUGGAUUUUUAUUUCUGCCAUGCAACCCAGCUCCCAUGACUCUCCCUGUCCCUACGCUGACUGCCCUGAUCUCUCUUGCCUAGUACGCACAUAUGCACACAGGCAGACACACCUCCCAUCAUGACAUGGUCCCCAGGCUGGCCUGAGGAUGUCCCAGCUUGAGUCUGUGGUGUGAGAGGUGGCCAGCCUGGUUCUCUUCCCUGCUCAGGCUGCCAGAGAGGUGGUAAAUGGCAGAAAGGACAUUCCCCCUCCCCUCCCCAGGUGACCUGCUCUCUUUCCUGGGCCCUGCCCCCUCCCCACAUGUAUCCCUCAGUCUGAAUUAGACAUUCCUGGGCACAGGCUCUUGGGUGCAUUGCUCAGAGUCCCAGGUGCUGGCCUGAUCCUCAGGCCCUUUACGUGAGGUCUGUGAGGACCAAUUUGUGGGUAGUUCAUCUUCUCUUGAUUGGUUAACUUCUUAGUUUUAGACCACAGACUCAAGAUUGGCUCUUCCCAGAGGGCAGCGGACAGUCACCCCAAGGCAGGUGUAGGGAGCCCAGGGAGGUCAAUCAGCCCCCUGAAGACUCUGGUCCCAGCCAGCCUAUGGCUUGUGACCUGUGACCUGUGACCUUCUGCCAGAAUUGUCAUGCCUCUGAGGCCCCCUCUUACCACACUUUACCAGUUAACCACUGAAGCCCCCAAUUCCCACAGCUUUUCCAUUAAAAUGCAAAUGGCAGUGGUUCAAUCUAAUCUGAUAUUGACAUAUUAGAAGGCAAUUAGGGUGUUUCCUUAAACAACUCCUUUCCAAGGAUCAGCCCUGAGAGCAGGUUGGUGACUUUGAGGAGGGCAGUCCUCUGUUCAGAUUGGGGUGCGAGAUUGGGGUGGGAGCAAGGGACAGGGAGCAGGGCAGGGGCUGAAAGGGGCACUGAUUUCAGACCAGGGAGGCAACUACACACCAACCUGCUGGCUUUAGAAUAAAAGCACCAACUGAACAGA